UUGCUGGUUUGAUCAUUGCUGCAAAUAAAUAAAUAUGUCUGCACUGAAAGUAUACUAGGAAAGGAAAACUAGAAAGGUCUGCAGCUCAACAAAUGAAUAAAAAGGUUUAUAAUAGUGAUGCUAUGCACAGUCCUAGUCCCUGCUAGUUCUUGAAGUUUGUUUAAUGGGUAUAUAGAAUCGAUAUCUUGUUUUAAAAAUCUUACAAGACAUCCAUUUGCAGUGCUUUAUUGAACUUUCAAACCAGAGUGUUGAGUUGAGAUUUUCUCUAUUCUUUUCAUUCUAGGUAGAAAUAUAGGGCGGAUCUCGUCAUAGAUAUAGUUUACAUCUUUUAAAAAUAUACUUUUAAAGUCAUGGUUAAACUCUGAUUUUAUUAUCCUUGAAACAUCGACUUGUGGGCAGGGCGGAUCUAGUAAGAGUUUCAAGGGGGCACGUGUCCCCCCUAAAAUUUUAUUUUUCUAAAAAUUUGCUUGGUGCCCUCCUAAAAUUCGAAUCCCAGAUCCGCCCCUGCUUGUGGGUAUCCCCUAGGCUAAGGAACGGUUCUACUCAGACCAAAUAGAUGUUCAGUUUUGUAUUUAGCUGAGAUUAUUAUGGACUAUAAAAGGUUUAUUAUUUGUUGCUUAAACAGAUGUUUAAUUUAGGCGAAUCUCAGAAGGAAGCAUGAAAAGCUGGAAAUUAUUGAGACAGACUUGGAUGGCAAAUUCUAGUAGAUUACACAAGUAUUGAAUACUAGCAGCAGCAGCAGUCGUAGUAAAAUGAAGCAUGUUUGGAUACCCAACUUCUCAAAUCUUGAAAGGACAGCUGUUAGUUGCGGAGCAAGCAUGAUCAAGUUGGUAACAGAAGGAACCAAGAAUUAAUCAGGUUUUAAUCAACCAGAUGUGUAGAAUAAACACAAUUAAGUACUAGUAAUAUAUUUUAUAAACGGAAUCGAGAGGAGAUUUUCAAUUUCAAAGUUCCAUGAAGGCACAGACCCCCUGCAUGAUGUAGCUGAUUCACCAGACCAAUUGUCUUCCCUUCCUCAACUUCUAUGCUCUUAUCACUAGAAUAUUAGUACUACCAAUAGAAGUAUACGAGAAUGGUGGAUUUAAGUUGCAGAUGCACGCAGGGGCGGGAGUAUAUUUGUAAACCAUGUUAUUUCAUCAACCUAAUACUUGUACUACUUGCAUCAACUAAAUUAUUAAUCACUUCCUUGUGUGUUUCGCUAUUCCAAACAUCUCUCAACAUACCAAGCUUGAAUUCCUUCUUGCUUAUCUCUGCGACGUUACUCUAUGUGUUCCCAGAUUCAUUUCAAUUUCUGCUAAAUACACGAGUACUAGUUAAUACUAUAACACCUCAAUGGUCAUGGCAAAAACCUUAAAUUGCAAGUCCUUGUACAUUCGGUUGCUUACUGGUCUGUUUCUCCUUACUCUGUUUCCAUUGGCCAUCGUCAGUGAAGAGUCAGAUAUUCCACAGCAAUGUGGAAGAGAUGCUCAUAAAUGUGGAAGCCUCGACGUCCCAUUUCCCUUUUUUGUGAAUAGGCCGUCUAGUUCUCCACCUUGUUCCCUCCCGGAUGCCUUCGGUCUCACUUGCUUGCAGUUGAAUAAUUUGGAUCCCUACCUUUUUCUUAGCAUCAAACGUACAAGUGGUGAUGGGCUAAAAGGCUAUCAGGUUCUGCAGUUCUUUCCUGACGGUAUUUUAGUAGAUUUUUCACAAACUGCCAGUCUCAGUGAUCAGAGUAGUGCUAAUUUAAGUACAUCCUCCUGUGUUGAGUACAAUGAUUUGAAGUCAUUUGGUUUUCAAGGGAGGGAAGACUACUUUGGAAUAUCCGCGGACAAUGUGCUUGGCUUGUAUGAUUGUGAAGACUCCUCCUUGUGCAAACCAGAUUGUGUAAAUACUAGUACUAUCCUCAUGCCUCCUGGUUGCAGCAAAAACCAUAGCAACUACCAUGCUGCUUGCUGUUACCCGCUCUCCGAUCAGAGUUAUUGGCACCCCGGAGAUGACUUGUCUAUCUUCUCCCAGUUUGGGUGCAGGGGAUUCUCAUCCUGGGUAGUUGUUCCUUAUGACAAUACCACUAGUAAUUAUGGUCAUGCAGCUCGCAAGCGUGGCGUUAAAUUGGAAUGGGCCUUCCCUGCUAACACAAAUAACACUAAUUCAAGUUACAAAGGAGCAGUUGCCUCCAGUUUCUGUGCUCCCAAUGCCUACAUUGUCAAUGCAACAACGAUAGCAUCCGGGAUCAGAUGCAAAUGUGAGGAUGGAUUUACUGGUGAUGGUUUCACCAAGGGAGUUGGAUGCUUGAAAUCUUGCCAGGUGGAUGAAAAGCAAACACAUGGCAAGGGAUGUUACACAAAGAGACGACCUGCAAGGAAAUUGGAAGUUCUAGCUGGGGUUCUCACAUCAGCCUUCUGUGUUGCCUCCUUGAUUGCGCUUUGCUGUCUGCUGAAGCGACAUAAUAGGUCUGGUACCUUUCAGCCCCAUCAGGAUCACUGUGAGAGCUCCAUAUCUUUUGGAUGCAGGACUCGGUUAUUUACUUACCAUGAGUUAGAAGAAGCCACCAAGGGGUUCGCGGAUUGUAAGAAACUUGUCAGCAGCACCACUGGGGAACUUUAUACCGGAGUUCUUGGAAAUGGACUGAAAGUAGUUGUUCACAAGGUGCAGUGUGGGAGUAAAGGGGACUUGAUGCAAAUUCUGUCCCAAGUAGAGGUAUUAUCAGCAGUUUCACACAAGAGUAUGGCACGCGUCCUUGGAUGCUCUAUUGACUGUGGGGAUGCCCCGCUGGUGGUAUACGAAGAUCCUGCCAAUGGAACGCUGUUGGAAUAUUUACAUCAGAACAGACAGGAUAAUAAGAAUGGACUGGACUGGUACACGAGAUUGAACAUUGUAACAGAGACCUCAAGUGUUCUUGCAUUUCUGCAAUGUGAGAUUUGUCCUCCAAUUCUUCAUAAUGAUUUCCAAAGUGGAUACAUCCUUCUGGACCAAGAAUUUUCAGCCAGACUAGCUGGAUUUGUUUUGUUGACAGGACAAACAGGGCCUGAUCAUUCUUUAGGGAGUAGAGGACUGCACCACUUUCACAGGAGUGAUGUUUAUAAUCUCGGGUUAGUGCUUCUGGAAAUUAUUGUAGGCUCGACGCUGGUACCUCUGGAUAUUGAUUUGCAGAAGAUAAGGGGUGGAAAGCUAGAAGAGAUUGUAGACCCUCUACUUUAUUACCAUGAGCAGCCAAGUUUUGUCAAAGAACAGAUAGAGAGAGUUGCAGACCUCGCGACUAGGUGUUUAUUGUUUGGCGGAGAUGGAAAGCUUAGUAUGAUGGAUGCAGCAAGGGAGUUGCUGCACAUCAGGACAUCUACUGGUACUGGUGGUGGCGGUGGUAGUAGUCGAAGAGGACCUGCACUGGAGGAAACAUUUUCCAAUUCAAGCCUCCUUCAGAUGAUGUCAAUGUCCCCGGACUCUAUUUAUUUGCCUCAUUUUUCGACAAACCCUUGAUGAAUUAAGAAAAAAGAAGCCAUUUUCAAUGAUCCUGAACUGCCAGUCAUACUACAGGAUCAAAUUCUACUGUUGUAGUUAAAUGGAGUGCUUAUUUGCAACUGAGAGCUUUUACUCCCAUGACAGCUGCUAGCUUGUAAAAAAUUAUUCAUAUCAUCUAAUGGAUUUUGACACUUUCAUACAAGUUUUAAUACAUAACGUCAUAACCUGUUGGUAGCAUAUAAACUUUGCAGCAUUUGAAGAAUUCAGAACUAUAAGCUCAGCCAAACGGGCUCUAAAACCAGGUAUGUUGAGGAGUGUUCCAUGUCCAAGAAUUGAUUUCAG